UUAACCGGUGCACUAAAUAGAGAGAAUAGAACGCGCAAAAAUAUAUCUAAGUGCUAACUGAAGUAUGCAGUCGAAAGAAACGAAAAUAGUUUUAUUUGUUUUAUUUUUUGCUUGUUAUAUUAUGAUUAGUGGAGCCUCCUUUUCUAUAUGCAAGUGUCCUAAGUCGGUACAUCCCAUUUGUGGAUCGGAUGGAGUGACGUACGGCAGCAUGUGCCUGUUAGAAUGCGUAUCCCGCGCACCUGGAGGAAUUGAGUUCUUAAGAGCAGAACACAUAGGAUUCUGCAAACUAAAUCCCCGUGGCGGAAGGCUAGACAGCAUGGAACCAGACUACUAUGGAAAAGAUAGAUUUGAUGAAGAUUCAAGCAGGGAUUUCCAAUACAUGGACUAUGUUGAAACUCCUUUGGGUUCGAUGGGAGCAAAACCUCAAGUCCAUGAAACGAGACCUUUUGCAACGUUUGUCUCGCAACGCUACGAUGGGCUAUGAAAAUAGAAUGGCGCGCAUGCGCAUACCGGUAUUACAAUCAGCUGUCAGUGACCGGCAUCUCAUAUAUUAUUGUAUACUGUGUAUUCAAUAAACUGUAGUGCUAAAUUAAUGUUUUGUUU